ACCUUAUCCAUCGCGAACACCUCACUACAUUCACACCCACCUAACACACCCACCUAACACACCCACCUAACACACCCACACAUGGGCUUAUGCGAUCACGAUUCACGAUACAGUCGCCGUCUUCUGAACCUGCUGCCACCCAACCGUCUCCGCGCGCCGCUCGUUUGACUCAGUCCAUCAUCCUUGCGAACUUCACAAGGCCUCUGACGCGCAGCGGACCCGGCGACUCCGCUUUGGCUUGACUCUGCUUCAGCACAGGCGUCGAUCUGCUGCCGCCAGAGGGGUGGUUCUCAGGCCUGCACCGGCAGCGCGGACACGGCGGGGCAGCGGUGAACGCGGGCGGAUUGCUGCUUCAUCCGAGUCAAGGCUGCUCGCGACAAAGCCUGGGUGGGCGGGUUCCCUUGUUGUGAGUCGCUGCGAGGGGGAUAUUCUUGGUGAGUGAUUUGAGUUGUAUCUAGAAGAGCUGAUAGCAAUGACCAAGUCAAACAUUGGCAGACAAGGCCUCCCCGUGCUAGUUUAUCUUACAUCAGAGCCUCUGUCACUAUCAUGUUCGAUGCGCAUCCUGCACCAUGAACCUCGCAAGCAGGUGACCAUCGCGCUCAGAACCUCAGUCGUCCUCCAUGGCUCCGAAGACGAACAGACCUUUGUUGCGCAGUACGAUGCUAACAACCUGUUACCUGACACCACCGCCCUUGACGCUGCAACCAUACACCUCCCAAACGGGCGGCAUGGCGAGAUAGCGCGAAAUGCAGAUCCUCGGAUAACGAUAUUGUCCCUGGGCUUCAAGCAACCAUGCCCACUCUGGUGUCCGCCCCUGGAAUGCUUAUCGCCCAAGGCCGAGCCCAGCUCCGUAGCCUCUUUCAACGAGCUCGUGGAACUCGCCAAAGCAACGACGGUGCACAUUGUCUUUGACUACAACUGGCUCCACAUAGAUCUUCAAGUGCCUUUCCAGCGGCUUGUUAGGAGGAAGGAGAAGCUGACUGGCUAUCCGGUCGAGAAGCAUUAUGCUAAGUUCUUGAGGCGAAGGGACUGGACAGUCUUCGGCCCUGCAGACACUGCUACUUCUCCUCCUGCUUAUGCGGAUCUCUCACACAAGCGACUGAGGCGAGUCUCGAGUUCAACGUCGCCGUCUCCGCCCCACAAACGCAAGGUCUUGGACGAGUCGCGACCGCAAACGCAGGUCCCCUCAUCCACAGAGUGCACCACGUCACCUCCAACGUACGCGAACGACGAAGACGAGCACGACUUCCAAUCGAAGGCCAUCAGCCGCGUAGUCAAGCGCCACCUCCCUGCUGUCCUCAAACAAGUCUUACCAAAAUUCCUUCCAACCCUCCUGCCGACCCUUUUCGCCAUUCCGGCAUCCUUCUCGUCCUCUCCGGACGACUCCGACUCCCAGGCCUCUCAAUCUCCAGAGCUGACACCUCUCGGUCUGUCCUUAAUCCCCCACCUCGUUGCGCACAUACAGCCCCAGCUUCAGAAGAUGCAUACCCGAGCACUCUCCCAUGAAGAGCGCCGGCGGGAGAGUGCAGCCUUGAGAUUCGAAGAGGACUUCGAGUUCCACAAGGCUGAGUUGAUGCAAAUACGGGACGAUGGUGUGGACGACCUGCAACGGGAGGCCAUGUACGCGCUUGAUGAGGCAAGGGAGAGGGGAAGAGAUGUGGCUGAGGAGCUAGGGGAGGAUAUCGAGGCGGCUUUGCGCGAUAGAGGGAAGAGAGCCCUCAAUGCUGUGUGCAGUAGCUUCGAAAAAAUGAAAAAGAAGACACUGAGAGAGUCCUCCUGCAAAACCUUCGCCUCCCGCACCCUCAUUGGCUUUGCAACUCGCAAGUACCGACGACCACAACCCGGCCUCAGCGAGAAAGCGUCCACGCACUGCCUAAGGGAUCUAGAACCCGUUGAGAAUCAGAGUGGCGGCGAGGAUCAGACGGCCUCUGAAUCUCCGAGCGUAUCUUUCACCUCUGGCAAGAGCAGCUGGGAAGAUGCUCGAGCUGACAGGCCAAAGCCAGCAGAAGUUGUUUGCAUCGAUCCUACCGGAGUCUGGUAA